ACGUACAAGGGAGCGCCGAGCGGUCGAUCCGGGGCGCUCACCGCGGCGCCGUGUCCCCGACCGGCCUAGUCGGCCCAGGUAUCCAGGAACUGCCCAGAACAAAGGUCUUUGCUGUGGCCCCCGGAGCCUGCAGGAUGUUUCACGGGAUUCCCGCCGCUCCGGGCAUCGGAGCGCCUGGAAACAAGCCGGAGCUCUACGAGGAAGUGAAGCUGUACAAGAAUGCCCGGGAGCGGGAGAAGUAUGACAACAUGGCCGAGCUGUUCGCCGUAGUGAAGACGGUGCAGGCCCUGGAGAAGGCGUACAUCAAGGACUGCGUCACCCCCAACGAAUACACCGCCGCGUGUUCCCGGCUCCUGGUCCAGUACAAAGCCGCCUUCCGGCAGGUUCAGGGCGCAGAAAUCAGCUCUAUUGAUGAAUUCUGCCGCAAGUUCCGUCUGGACUGCCCGCUCGCCAUGGAGAGGAUCAGGGAGGACCGACCCAUCACCAUUAAGGAUGACAAGGGCAACUUGAACCGCUGCAUCGCCGACGUGGUCUCGCUCUUCAUCACAGUGAUGGACAAGCUGCGCCUGGAGAUCCGUGCCAUGGAUGAGAUCCAGCCUGACCUGCGGGAGCUGAUGGAGACCAUGCAUCGCAUGAGUCACCUGCCCCCGGACUUCGAGGGCCGCCAGACUGUGAACCAGUGGCUGCAGACCCUGAGCGGCAUGUCGGCCUCCGACGAGCUGGACGAUUCCCAGGUGCGCCAGAUGCUCUUCGAUCUGGAGUCGGCCUACAACGCCUUCAACCGCUUCCUGCACGCCUGAGCUGCCGGGCCCGGGGUCCCCGGGGG